GUUUUCUCGGCGGAGCAGCUCUUUGCCGACCACCUUCUUCACUCGUGCUGAGCAGGAUUUUUGGGCUCUCCGGGGUUCGGGCUGGGAGCAGCUUCAUGACUACGCGGAGCGGGAGAGCGGCCACACCAUGCGAGCACAAAUUGAAGUGAUACCAUGCAAAAUUUGUGGCGAUAAGUCCUCCGGGAUCCACUACGGAGUCAUCACGUGCGAAGGCUGCAAGGGAUUCUUCAGGAGGAGCCAACAAAACAAUGCCUCUUACUCCUGCCCAAGGCAGAGAAACUGUUUAAUCGACAGAACCAACAGAAACCGUUGCCAACACUGCCGACUGCAGAAGUGUCUUGCCCUCGGGAUGUCAAGAGAUGCUGUGAAGUUCGGGAGGAUGUCCAAGAAGCAGAGGGACAGCCUGUACGCCGAGGUGCAGAAGCACCAGCAGCGGCUGCAGGAGCAGCGGCAGCAGCAGAGCGGGGAGGCGGAAGCCCUCGCCAGGGUCUACAGCGGCAGCAUCAGCAACGGCCUGGGCAACCUGAGCAACGAGGCCGGCGGCGCCUACGCCAACGGACACGUCAUCGACCUGCCCAAGUCCGAGGGCUAUUACAGCGUGGAUUCCGGCCAGCCGUCCCCUGAUCAGUCAGGACUUGACAUGACUGGAAUCAAACAGAUAAAGCAAGAACCUAUCUAUGACCUCACCUCCGUACCCAACUUGUUUACCUAUAGCUCUUUCAACAACGGGCAGCUAGCACCCGGGAUAACGAUGACUGAAAUCGAUCGAAUUGCACAGAACAUCAUUAAGUCCCACCUGGAGACGUGUCAGUACACCACGGAGGAGCUGCACCAGCUGGCAUGGCAGACCCACACCUACGAGGAAAUUAAAGCCUAUCAGAGCAAGUCUAGGGAAGCACUAUGGCAGCAAUGCGCCAUCCAGAUCACUCACGCCAUCCAGUAUGUGGUAGAGUUUGCCAAGCGGAUAACGGGCUUCAUGGAGCUCUGUCAAAAUGAUCAGAUUCUACUUCUGAAGUCAGGUUGCCUGGAAGUGGUUUUAGUGAGAAUGUGCCGUGCCUUCAACCCAUUAAACAACACUGUUCUGUUUGAAGGAAAAUAUGGAGGAAUGCAGAUGUUCAAGGCCUUAGGUUCUGAUGACCUAGUGAAUGAAGCAUUUGACUUUGCAAAGAAUUUGUGUUCCUUGCAGCUGACUGAGGAGGAGAUUGCUUUGUUCUCAUCUGCUGUUCUGAUAUCUCCAGACCGAGCUUGGCUGAUAGAACCAAGGAAGGUCCAGAAGCUUCAGGAAAAAAUUUAUUUUGCACUUCAACAUGUGAUUCAGAAGAAUCACCUGGAUGACGAGACCUUGGCAAAGUUAAUAGCCAAGAUACCAACCAUCACGGCGGUCUGCAACUUGCACGGGGAGAAGCUGCAGGUAUUUAAACAAUCACAUCCAGACAUAGUGAAUACACUCUUUCCUCCAUUGUACAAGGAGCUCUUUAAUCCUGACUGUGCCACCGUCUGCAAAUGAAGGCAACGAGAGAACUGUCUCCUAGUCGUGGAAUGCGUCACCAUUAAGACAAAAGCAAUGUGUUCAUGAAGACUUAAGAAAAAUGUCACUACUGCAACAUUAGGAAUGUCCUGCACUUAAUAGAAUUAUUUUUCACCGCUACAGUUUGAAGAAUGUAAAUACGCACCUGAGUGGGGCUCUUUUAUUUGUUUGUUUUUGAAAUGACCAUAAAUAUACAAAUAUAGGACACUGGGUGUUAUCUUUUUUUUUUAAUUUUAUUUUAUUCGGGUAUGUUUUGGGAGACAACUGUUUAUAGAAUUUUAUUGUAGAUACGUACAAGAACAGAGCGGUACUUUACAUGAUUACUUUUCCUGUUAAUUGUUCAAAUAUAAUUUAAGAAAAUUCCACUUAAUAGGCUUACCUAUUUCUAUGUUUUUAGAUAGCUGAUGCAUGUGUAAAUUUGUAGCUGUCUUGGAAAGCACUGUGCAUGUAUGUAAUAAGCAUAUAAUAUCUGAGAAUAUUAUAUAUGACUAUUACUUAUACAUGCACAUGCACUGUGACCUAAAAUCCCAUACAUACUAACAAAGGAGGUUCAGUCAGGCUCUCUUAUAUUAUUUACCUUCUGUGUUAUAUGUUACCUUUAUGUUAGACAAUCAGGAUUUUGUUUUCCCAGCCAGAAUCUUCAACUAUCGUCGAUGGCAGGAUGGUACCAAUUCAGAGAUAACGUCUACAAAGGAAUAAAUAUAAUGCGCGGCCUCUGUAUAAGAACUCUGUUUCUAUCAAUGACAUCAAAGCCUUGUCAGGAUGGUAAAUAUCGGCGGGUGGGGGGGUAGGGGGAAUAUUUGGAGCCAUUUUCCUGUUUUAAGAAUUCGGCCACAGAUAACGUUGUGGAGUCCAGGACUUUUUUGACCAAUCACUAUUUCCUAUUUUUCACCAGGACACAUAAAACACCUUUUUUUUUUUUUCCUUUGGAUUUCAGGUGGGUAAAGAAACUGAUUUUGGUGCUCACUGUGUUGUCACCAGAGAAAUGCAGUCUGUAGGUUUGACCACCAGCAAUUUUUUUCUAAUAAAAUUAGAGUCACAGAGGAAACCAGAACCCAGGGCCCCGAUGCCAUUUCAUGUAGACAUUUUUUUCUCUAACCUGUUGUGUCUGGGUUUGAUAUUUUUUGUUUUUUGAGGGUUUUUUUUUGUUUUGGGGGGCUUUUUUUGGCAACGAAGAGGUAGAAAGAGCUUGGUUCUUUAUAUUCACUCUCUUUGCUACAUUUGUUAGAAAAAGCAGCAAUAAAAGGGGAGGCAGGAUUUGAUAUGUCCUUCUAGUGGGGAGGGGGUCCUCUAAUUUCUCUCAACUCCAAAGUGCUGUACUAUAAACACAGAGCAAGAACUUGACAGAUAACGAAAACACAUCGGAGUUAUUCCGUAGAACUAAUACACCCCAAAGCCCAAACUAUUUCCUAUGCAGUUUGCAAUUAGAUCAUCCGUCUGGCCUGGGAUUCUUUCUUUUAGCAACUUGUCAAAAACACAGAAUACAAGAGGGGAUAUGAGGUUUGGAGUAUUAAGACUUCCUAGUAUAAGUCUCACCUCUCCACCUGCUCCCCAAGCAAACUGAGUACCAGAAAAGCAUAAAUCCCAAGCAGCUUGUUCUGCCUGUGCUCCAGAGGCCCUAUGCCUUUGGUCUUAGCCGAUCCAAAAUUAAGAGUUUUUAAAAAGGAAGCCGGAGCAGAGCCUCAUGUAACUCAGUGACAUUCACGCUCUCCUGUGAGUAAAGCCCAGCAGCCAGCUCCGGAGGACCCGCCCUUUUCUCCUCGUCAAACACACACACGCACACCUGCUCGGUAAAGUUUCCAUCGGUGGAAACCUUGAUUUCCUUUUAAUCUCUGACGCUCUCCUGAAGUUACGUGGUCUUGAGAGCUGUCUCCGCAAGGCCACAAAACCCCUCGUUGAUGAUCAGACAGUAGUGCUAGUCUUUUCUCUAGAAAACAGAGCCUUUUCCCACCGCAUGAUUGAUGAAUGCUAAACCAAUGGGGAAAAACAAAAAGGCUUUAAAAUAAUGACUCUCUUUCUCAACUACUGUUAUAUUCAAUUAAUUUAACUACAUUGAACCAAAUUACCUUCAGUGUCUAAGAAGACAGCUGCAGACUGCUUAUUAUGUGGCUGUAGAGACUCAGUUCUUUUUGGUGUAAAUGUCACUCCUGCUAGCUCUUUGUAUAAAGAAUUAAUUCCAAGAGUCAUAUUUCCUUCUAAUGGAAAGAUUACUUUACUGAUUGCUAGGAAAACAGGGUAAUGGAAGGCGCUCAAUUAAACCAAGCCGUUUCCAAAUGCAAUGUAUGUUUUAUGAUUGGCUUGUGAUAGGCAAUGCUCAACAUGUCUGCUUGGUGUUUCCCUUUGAGCUUUGAACUUAUGUCAAAGUUUGUUUUCAUUGUUCUGUUGGCCUAGUGUUUUCCAUCGUCCGCCUGUAAUUCCCGCUCAGUUGCAAGGGGAAUCGUUUGUUUCCUCCAAUUUACCUUAGAGGGUUUAAAUUGGUUCUGUUGAUGAAGUGGCUGAGAAUUUUUUCCUCCCUGCCCCAUGGGUGAUGUAGGAAAAGGAUUGCUCCCCACAUUUGCCUCAGGAGGUACUCGAUUUGAAUGUGUUUGUCGUUUCUACUAGUGCAAGCAUUUCACUGGGACCGCAUGAACCUUUUGAAGCUAGGGGACAGGAAACAGCUAGCGACUGAACCAGAACAAAACAGUGGAAACGAGUACACGCUCAGCCCACUUCGGUUGAGAAAAGAGAUUUCCAUCUUCCGCCACAGUUGCCAAAUCUGUCCGUUAAAAGACCACCAAUCACAUUUUCAGUGGUAACGACAAACGCCUUGAAAAGCUGCCUUUUUGAACAUCUCCUGUGACUACAUCUCGAGGUGUUUUGAAAUUUUGCUAAGAUCGCCUUUCCUUACCACAUGCAAUCUCUGUCCCUUCCCUACGAAGACUCCCAAAUGUUCACCACACCUUCAUGGUAAAACGGGCACUGGAAGAAAGAACCCAUGAUCUGUACGUUUCACUUCUUGCUUCGUAAAUGACAAUCACUGCUUGGCACAGAUAUUGCACUGUAACCACUCAGGGAUGUUUCAUUAAAAAAAAAAGAAAAAGAAAAAAAAAAGAAGGAGGGGAAAAAAAAAAAACAGGAAAAUGACAACAAAACGUAAAUGGCACAAAUUAAAUACGCCAGGGAGAGAACCUCUCUGACAAGGCUUUCAGAACAGUAGGCAGUAACUUUGUGUUGUUAACUGUUUGGACUUGUUGAAAAGUUGCACAUGAAUAAGGACAACUUAGCCUCAUUUUCUGAAAUCUGCUAAGAGCCAAAUAAUCCAGCUACCCUGUUAAUAGGAAUAUGUCUCUCCCAAGCAGCCCCAAGCUUCCUGUACAAGUCCUGAGCAAGGAAAAUAAGAAAUCUGAGUGGCAUUACCUGAAUCUGACAAGGGAGGUAAAGCUGUGUGAAUUCAAAUUCCACUGUGAUUCUGGAGGGAAUGUAGGAGAAGAAGGGAUUCCAAAUUUGGUUUAAUAUGCCACACAAACUCCUACUGCCCGUGACUUGGGUCAUCUUUGUGUCCCUUAUUCUCUGGCUCUUUUUUCCCCAGAGACUGAAAGCUGAGAGUAGAGGUGUCCCUUACAAACAUACCCUUUCUGGAUUUCCCUUGUUGAAAUACUGGUCUUCAGGACUCUGGAAUAAAGGACCACAGUGUAGGUAUAAACAGAGAAUGUGGUGGUCUCUUGGGUAAUUCCACUUCUUGGACACAAUCUGUGACACCCUAAAUCACAGUCAACUCUGGACAUGAAUAAGAGAUUCCGGGGAGACACCCGUACAUUUCCUAUCGUAGCUGCCUUGUUCGACACAUAACUUCACAGCAGUCAAGCUAAAUUGUAGAAAACCACGCACAUGGCUAGUCAACUCACGCUCACUCUCUACAGUCCCAAGCGUACCAGGCUUGAAUGCAAAAGCGAUUCUUCUGUCCCAAGGACAACCUAAAACUUAACCAGCUUUUUUCAAAAACAUCAGUCAGAUGCAAAUGAUAUCAGUUCUGUUCCAUGUUCUUUGUUUUCAUUUAUUAUAGAAGCAAGGAAAAAUUCCACUGCUAUUGGAAAUUAGAAGAAAUAACUUUUCCCUGACUCUCUUUUCUCCAUACACUUUCGCUUCCAAUGAAGUUACUACAAUUGGCAGUGAAUUCAGGCAAGGAUGCCUGUGCCCUGACAGAGCCACCGUUCAAUAGAACAGCAAUAACUUGAAAGUAUGCAUCUGUAGUGAAACUUUGCACAAAGCCCCCUGUAUAAAGAAGACAAAAAAGCCCACCAUCUGCUUUAGACAAAGUAGUAUUUAAUUUUCUGUUUCCAGCUGUUAAUAAAAGCAGCAACCUGAUAUGGGAAACCACAUGGGCCUUUAGACAAGAGUUGACCACCUAUUUUUGGAGGGGCAGGCAGGGGCCAGGUCUCAGGACCAGAGGCACGUGUUCCCUUAAAGCAAGGGUUAAAAAUCCAAGAGCCUAAAAGGGCCAGGGAGCCAAUGCAAAUGAGCGCAAGCAGUCCAAUGGCCAGCUGGCAAGGAAAUGCCCCAUCUGAAAAGGGACAUCCGAUAGUCAGCUAAAGCACAAGUGUGGCUAAAGCUUCUGAAUCUUAUAACAUCUGUCUAGUUGUAAGUGAUGUCAGUUGAUUCAGAGCUUAAUGCAGACCAGACAAAUACAUCUCUGUGCAGAAAAAGGUUCACAGUUUGCAACCUCUGGUUUAGCACAAAAUUGAAUCCAAGGGCCUGUUUCCUGGCAGCAAGUCUGGCCAGACAGGACUCAGAAUGAAUUAGAGUGGGGGGGGUGGGCAGAACUCUUGCCCACUGAUACUGAAUUUGGUUUCCAUAUUUGACUAUCACUACCGGAGGACAUAGUAAGAGUUCCGUUGAAAACACAGCAGUCUAAAAAUGAAGACAAUUCAUUUAACGAUGGCAUAUAAAGGACAUUUCUAUUUGCCUUGCCCAAACUCUUAGCUUCACAGAGCCAGGUGGUUAGAUUUCUUGCCACUUUUUUCUGAACGUCAAAUGCACGACUUUUACGUUUUUGAGUCUCGGUGUGUCUCUUUAAACGUGUGGCUUCACUAUCUGUGACAAGUUUUCAUUUUUCCCUUAGUCGUAUCUGCAGAAUUUAUCCUAUAGUUGUGAUAACGUAGUCCCCUCCGUGUUCUGAAGUGCGGGACCUCAGAUUCCUAUGCAACAGAUGGAGGUCAUCUGUCUGUGCACUUUUUGCCUAAGCUGCUGAGAUCCCUUCGAAGUGAAUUGGCCAUAGUAAUCUUUGCCUCCUGCAUGACUGUAAGCACGACCUCCAGUGGGUCAGAAGAAGCAGCUCAGUGAUUGUUCUCAUGGCCAAAACUAAAGCACAAGGUUACCAGAAUUGAAAAAGCCCCCAGUUGAGGGAGGCACGGGGUGUCUACACCCCAGCUGGGCAGCGCGAUCCCUGUAUGAAACCAUACUCUCCUGGCGGUAGCUGACGGAGGACAUCUGUGUGCCUCUGUCGUGACACACAUUAGGUAUGUCUGAAAAGCUACAGACCCCACACCCAAGCACAGUCCUGUCUCCUCCACCCGAGGAACCACACACACAAGAAUGAAAACCACACCCACAGAAAACUGAGUAUGUAUUGUAGAAAUGUAGAGGAAAAAUAAAAAUAUUUUUUCAAAUGUAA